AUGAACGGCACCUCCCUCACCCCUCCUCGACGCCCGCUCGACGCCCUCUCCCCGUCCCCGUCCCGCGCUACCCCUUCUUCCGCUCAUCGUCCAGCUCAACCUUCACAACCCCCCGUCGCAUCUUCCACACAACCGGUCUCUAUCGAGUCCCUCCUCACAGCACAUGCACACUCCCCCAACCCCCAUCUUGCCGCCCUCCAGCAGGCCCUCUCUGAGCGCAACAACCUCUCCUCCCAAAACGCGCAGCUCUGGAAACUCAUCGAGAAGCAACGCAUCGCGUUCGCCCACACCAGCAAGGAUAUCGAGCGGUUGCGAGCAGAGCGCGAUGUGUACAAGGGCAAGCUCCACGCCCUCGGCGAGAACACGGAUGCCGUCCUCAAGUCCAGCAAGGAGCGGGAAAAAGCGUUGAGGGGUUCCUCUUCCGCCUCUGGCCUCCGCGCCGGUGAUAAAUCCUCUUCAGCCACCGACCAGAGCCCAUCACACCCCAGAGCAAACGUCGUCCGACAUCAAUCAGACGACUCCGGCGUCAUGUCCUCUGCCUCCACCUCCAACACCCUCUCGCUUCCCGUCGAACGCCCGCACAUGAUCUCGCGCGACUCCCACGUCUCGCUUCCCGACGAGGCCAAGCGCUAUAUCACCACCAUGACCGACUCGCCCCUUCCGAGCCCCCGUCUCCCCGAUCAAAGCCGCACCAACUCGCCCACGCGCUCCAUGAACAGCCCUUCGAACGCGCAAGAGUUGAACGCCGACAAGUCGUCCCUCCGAAAAGACUUUUCGGAUAGCGAGUUCCUUGACAUGGAGGACGAGGAAGGCAGCAUCGACGACUCUCUGAACGAUCGGAGCGCCGCGUCCGCGAGCCCGGCCGAUAUUGAGGCGGAGCCUGGCGUCUCGCAGGGAAGGGGCAAGCCACGCGUCGCGGCCGUCGAAGACUUUCCUCUGCCACCCGCGACGGCGCACAGCGUCGACCCGAGCGCUCUCCUCCGCCAGCAACAACAAGCUCAGGUGCAAGCUCAAGUGCAGGGCGCCUCUCAUUCGCAAUCCUCCACCGCAACCAGCAGCACUGCCACCGCCACCGAUCCUUCGCGGUACACUGACACACCUACGACGCCGACCGCAAACUCCUACAACCCGCACAUGUCGUUCAUGUCCAACGUGUCCGCGAUCACGUCCGUGAUCCCGUCGCAGGCGAAUCAGCCUGCAUUCCGUGCGCUGCCACUCCUCCCGCACGACCUGCCGCGGACGCGCAUCCAGGUGGCCGCCUCUUCGAUCCGUCCGAACGACCGUGGCAAGGACGUGCUCUCGUUCGUCGUGUACGUGGACCCCGGGAGCGCAAAGGAGCCAUGGACGAUCGAGAAGCUGUACAGCGACGUGCUGGGCCUGGACCAGCGCGUGCGCGCGCGGGUGGGCAAGAACGUCGGGAAAAAGAUUGCCAACCUGCCUGACGGGAAGCUUUGGAGGGACCAUGCGCCGUCCAAGGUCGACCAGCGCAAGGCCGUGCUGGAAAAUUACUUGCAGACGCUCAUCAAUCUUCCCGUGAAGAACAACGACGAGGUCAUCGCGUUUCUGACCUCGGACAUCUUGAAGGGUGCCCACAAGCCCGUCUCUAGAGACGGUUACAAGGAAGGGUACCUCACAAAGCGUGGUAAGAAUUUCGGGGGAUGGAAGACGCGGUUCUUUGUGCUCCAAGGACCGGUCCUCGAAUACUACGAAAGCCGAGGGGGCACACAUCUGGGCUCCAUCGCCAUCACAGGUGCCCAAAUCGGGCGCCAGCAGAGGCCCGCCGACAGGCGCGACGGCGACGAGGAGAACGAGUACCGCCAUGCUUUUCUCAUCAUCGAGUCCAAGAAGGGCGCCGCGGCCGCCCACCGGCACGUCCUCUGCGCAGAGAGCGAUCAAGAUCGGGACAACUGGGUCGAGAUCCUCGUGCGCUACGUCUCGGGUGUCUACAGCGAGGAGCCGCUCCCCAUGGGCCAUGGCUCGCUCACACUUAAUACCCCCGUUCGAGCACCAGCUCCAAUCCGUCCACGGACGCCGGGCUAUCCCCCAGCACGCGUGAGAAACGACGACAUCUCGAUCGCGCACGCCGUGCCCUUGUCCCAGCUGCCCUUGGACUCGACGAACGUGAAGCUCUUCCAGAGCUCAGUACAGUACGACGAGCCCGCACAGUCCCUCGCAGGCAGCCCCGUCAGAGAGAGUCCGCUCUCAAGCUCGCUACCGUCGUCAUCGCCACUCGACGGGGCAGGCGGCGACUUUAUCGCGCCUGUGGGGCCGCGAGCCAAUUCCGAGCUGGGACACUAUCCCGAUCUCGCCCAAGCGCACCUCGAUCCCCGCAGUGCCAUGGGGUCAGGACGCUCGUCCGCAUCCCGCGCGCCCCAACCCUCGCCCGACCGCGCACGGCAACGGCACGCACACCGCACCUCCUACCACCCCUCUCUGGAACCCGUCAAGUCGACGCCGAACUCACCACACCCUCCUCUCGAACGCGAGCGCGAGCGCGAGCCGUCUCCGGACCCGAACCAGAGCCAGAGCACGUCACGCCAGCCCGAGAUGAACAGCAAGGUCAAAAUCUCGAGACCGAUGAACGGGGCUCCCAUCCCCGCGGGGUACAAGUUCGGCGCGAAGGACGCGCCGCCGGAUCCCGCUCCGUCCUCGGAACGGCGGGAGAAGGCGAAAUCACGCAUGUUUUGGGGUUUUGGACGGCCAGGAGGGACCGAGAAGCAGCCCACAGUCAUGCACGUUCCUCGCGCCGUAUUCGGCGUCAGCGUCGAGGAGUCGCUCGACGUUGCCCAGAUCGCCAGUCUGCCCGCCAUCGUCUUCCGGUGCAUUCAAUACCUCGAGGAAAAGCACGCGGAGCAGGAGGAGGGAAUCUACCGCCUCAGUGGCAGUUCUGCCGUGAUUAAGAGUCUCAAAGAUAGAUUCAACAACGACGAGUAUUGGGAUCCCCAUGCUAUCGCCGGACUUCUGAAAGGCUUCUUCCGCGAACUGCCGACAAGCAUCCUCACCCGCGACCUGCACUUGCGUUUUCUCGCUGUUAUCGACCUGGUCGACCCGCAGGACAGGAUCAAAGAGCUGUCGAGCCUCAUCUCGAUGCUUCCGCUCGCGAACUACAGCCUUCUUCGCGCGCUGACCGCGCACCUAAUUUUGAUCGUCCAGAACUCAAAUCUGAACAAGAUGACGAUGCGGAACGUCGGGAUCGUGUUCAGCCCCACGCUGGGCAUCCCCGCGGGCAUCUUCAGUCUGAUGCUCGGCGAGUUCAACCAGGUGUUCAACAUCGACGACGAUGGAGAGGCGGGCGAGCCCGAGUGGGUCGCGAACGAGCAGGGCGACGCGACCGUCACCAAACGCGAGCAGGGGUCGGAGCUAAGCCGCAGGAACAGUCGUCAGUAUUCAGAUGCGGCCGCGGACCAGCUGCUGGGGUUAUCAGGCAGGAAGCUCUCCGCGGCCGAGGACGAUCAGUCGGAGGACGGGGAAGACCUCUCGGUCCACGACGAGAGCGGGACGGAGACGACGGACAAUGACGUGACGGUCGAGUCCUCCAACGGCUCGAGCCCCAGUCCGCAAUGGAGUCCGUCGUCAGACACGCCGUCGUCGCACCUGCGCUCGCGCGCGUCGAACGUUGCGGCGACGCGGGGGCUCAACAUCGCGGUCAGCAAGGAGAGUCGGCGACACAGCCGGAUGAUGGGCCUGCCCGUCUCGCCACGACCCCCACAGUCGCCGCUGAAUCCCCACUCCUCUGGCUCGGCCGGUAGCCCUGCGACGACGGGGUCGACGCCGUCGAUUUCGCCGAUGCAGACGCCGAAGUAG